GAGGAAAUCGAAGUUGAAGCAAAAGUAUUACGUGUUGGGAAGGCAAUCGCUGCUGUCACUGUUGAGUUAAGGAAGAAAAAGACAGGAAAGAUAGUUGCACAAGGUCGCCAUACCAAGUACUUGGCUAUCAAUAGUAAGCUUUGAGCUACAUAUUAGGCUUCAAUCAAUGUCUUCCUGAGGAAAUUUCCCAUAUAUGGGACGUGCAUUCAUAAGUAUUUUGGCAUGUAUUGCCCAACUGAACAUUCAGGUACAGAAUCAUUUUUAUCACUACACAAAGAUAAUUAAUUACAAAUCAAUACCCUUUACUCA